UGGGCUCCAGACCGAGCAGAUCUUCCCCAUGCAGCGCUGCAUAGAGGAGGCGUUGGCCAAGGCCUCAGCUGCUGCGACCACUGACUUGGCAGCUGAGCAGCUAAGUGCCGCGCUCCAUUCCUGCGCUGCAAGCGCAGCAGCUUGUGCAGAGGCAUCACUUCGCUCGAGCGGACUUGUGGAUGCCGUGCCGGGUGUUGCAAAUGCAUGCGGCUUGCUGCAGACAGAGGAGGACUUUGUCGUGGGCGCCAUUUGGUCACAGAUUUGGGCCUUUCUUGGAUGGUACAAUGCUGUGCAGCUUGUGAUCAUCCCGUGGGUUUGCCUUUGGAUGUUCUCCAGCUCGGUCCUGGGUCUGGCACGCUUUGCGCGAUUUCAGUACCAGCUCUUCCGGAUCAGUAUUGACACCUUGCUUUUGAUGGUUCUGUCCAUUUUGACUCAAGUGGAGGACUGGUUCACUUUGUGCACUCAGUGCCUCCACUCUGGCCUGAGCAGGUCUGUUCGGAAAUACUUUCGCCUGGAACGGGACUUGAAGAGGGCCACCAGCUUUGCAGAAUACCGCCGAGCUGAAGAGGCUCUCCUGAAGUUCCAGUCAAGGCAUUCAAUUUGCCGGCCGAUCUGCCGCCGCCCGUCUGGUGCUCGCCUUGCCUGUAGCUGCGAGGAGCACCUGCAAGUGCUCCACAUGGAAUUGGAAAAGUCUUUGGAGGCAAAAGGCACGGAGGACUUGGCAAAGCUAGAGCCUCUUUUGGUGGAUCAAGCUGGCGGGGUGGAGUGGAGCCGCGUCCCAAAUGCAGAGCAGUACUUGGACAAGUUGUGCCAUUGCUUGGAAGCCUCAUGCCAACGUCGAAAGGGUGAGACUGCGGCACUACGAGAUUGGUUGGUGGAUCGACGCAAAGCGAUUGGCCGUACCGCGCUCUGCUUGAGUGGCGGCGGCAGUUUGGCCAUGCACCACAUGGGUGUGUGCCGCUUCCUCCUGGAGGAAGGCUUAAUGCCCAAGAUUGUCAGCGGCGUAUCGGGUGGCUCCAUCGUCGCCGGCUUUCUGGCUAUCCACACAGAUGAGGAGAUUCUCAAGCACGUCUUCGUGCCAGACAUCGUGCAACGGCAUGUUCCUCACCGAUGGUUUCCACACUGGUGGCAGGAGCUUUUCAACUUCCUGCAGCUGGGCGUCUUAGUUCCCACGGAGGACUUCGAGGGUACCUGUCAGGCAUACUUUGGCACUUGGACCUUUGAAGAGGCCUAUCGGCGAACCGGGCGGCCAGUGACCAUUGUGAUCUCCUCAAACUUCUCCAGAAAGCUGCCAGCUUGUGUGAUGCUGAACCACAUGACCGUGCCACGGGUCACCGUCGCCUCCGCUGUGGCCGCCUCUUGUGCAGCCAUUGGCGUAAUGCGGCCCAGGGGCUUGGUGGUGAAGGAUCCUCUCACUGGCACCUUAGCUCCCUUCAACGUUUUGGGCGAGUCCUUCGCCGACGGCUCCUUUACGGCAGAGGUGCCCAAGGAUUAUUUACGCUCCUGCUUCGGUGCAACGCGCUUCCUGGUGUCGCAGGUGAAUCCACACGUGUCUUCCUUCAUGGAUGCCAAGGGAGGUGUGUUGCAUAGCCUUCGAGGGCAUUUUGGCUUUGAUCUUCAGCAGCGCGCGCGAAUGCUCUCCGAGUACAAUCUUCUGCCGUCCUUCUUUGGCCGGGCAAUGUGCCAGGCUACAAAGCAUUUGUCACAAGACUUCCAGGAGAACAAGUCAGGCCUCACUGUGCACCCACCACACGUGGGUUUGGCCUCAGUCAAGGCAGCCAUCUCAAAUCCCUCCCUGCGCGACAUGGAACGCUACAUCCUGCAGGGUCAGCGAAUGGCAUGGGAGAAGGCACAUGAGAUCCGCAUCAUGAUGCUGCUGGAGGCUGCAGUGACUCGAUGCUUGGAGCGCGUGGGUAACGAGCAGGCCUCAUCGACGCCAUACUGCUCCAUACAACCACCACCUGAACCGACAGUCAAGGCAGACGUGCUGAUCGAUGACAGCGCGGCCGGAAGUUGAGUGGUAAUUCCUGCUUGUCCAGUCACAAUGUGCACCAGUCAGGACGCUAUUAGGGGCUCCUGGCAUCGUUACUCGGA